GAAGAAAUUCCAAUGUAACUUAUGUGAGAAAAAGUUUGCUAUCAAAGCAUAUCUUGAGAUGCAUGUAAGGACUCAUACAGGGCAUAAACCAUAUCAUUGUUCAUAUUGUAACAAACAGUUCCUCCAAAAAAGUGGAUUGAACAACCAUAUUCUUAUUCACACUGGUGAACGGCCCUUCAAAUGCACUAUAUGUAAUAAGGCAUUUACACAGUCAAAUCAUUUGAAAGAUCACCUCAGAUCCCACACUGGUGAGAAGCCACAUGUAUGCUCUAUUUGUGGAAAAUCAUUUGGUUACAAGAGUGUCCUUACUAUCCAUAUGAGACAACAUACUGGCUUAAUGCCUUUCGUUUGCAAUUACUGUUGUAAGGCAUUUUGUGAUACUAGUAAUCUUAAAAGGCAUAUUGCCAGGAACCAUGGCAGAACAAUUGGAUAAAACUAGAAGAGUCACUGAUAUUACUGAAACUAACUGACUGUAAUAAGUGUAAAGCGAU